CUGCCUCCCAGCCAGUGGCUCAGGGCAGGGAUGCAUGUGGGAGCCCAGUGUUUGGUGUCAGGCAGCGCUGAGGGACCCAGGGCUCUGCAGGGGUGUGGAGCUGGGAAGGUACACACAGGGAUGCAUGUGGGCAGGGCCUGAGGCCGGGGACAGAGUGGGGGCGAGGAGUGGGUGUGUGAGUUCAAACUAGGUAGGACCAUGCAGCUGAGAGCCCUUCCUGGCAACGUGAUUUGUGGUGUCAGCUGCAGGCUGUGCUGUGUCCAUUGUAGAAAGAUGGAGAACAGCCCAAGGCUCGCCUCAGGUCUUCCACGCAGACCCCAGGAUGCUGAACAGCCUGAGUUGGCAGGUGAUCCCUGGCUGCUAUGGGGCACAGGUGCUCAUGGGAUAACAGUCAUGUGCAGAGGGGAUGUGUGAAGGAUGUUGGCAGCCCCUUGUCCAUCAUUCAGAUGACUUUGUACAACUUCCCUUCACUUAGCAGGACCCAAGCUCCUCUUCUGCUUGUCUGUAUAGAGACCGGAGGUUAGGGGGGACUGGGAGGCCUUGUCUGGGCCCCAGCCCAGGAACUGGAAGCACUUCUUGUCUUCCAGGAUUGAAGAUGGUCACUCGUCCUGGCCAGACCACUCUCUUGCCUCUGAGCUUCCCGAGUUUGUGACAGUCUGGUUCUGGAUCAGACAACAGCCAUCUCAGCCGUGUGCCGUUCCUGACCCCUGUGUCUCUGUGUGGUGCUAAGCCUGGGACCCUGACAGGGCUGUGGACAUGGCCGGGGUCCGCUGCAAGUUGGCCCAGUACCUGGAGGAACUGGAGGAGCUAGACCUCAAGAAGUUCAAGAUGCACCUGGAAGACUACCCCCCCAACCAGGGCUGUGUCCCCCUCCCCAAGGGCCAGAUGGCCAGGGCUGACCCCAUGGAUCUCGCCACCCUCAUGAUCAAGGUCAAUGGGGAGGAGAGGGCCUGGGCCAUGGCCCUGUGGAUCUUCAUGGCCAUCAACAGGAGAGACCUUUACGAGAAGGCCAAAAGGGAUGAACCGGCGUGGGGUUCAAAUCCUGCAGCUGCUUCUAACCCCAUUGUGAUAUGCCAAGGGGAGCUCACUGAGGAGUCGUCGAUGGGGGUGCUGGGGUACCUCGCCAGGCUCUCUUUCUGCCAUUGGAAGAAAGAUUACUGCAGGAAGUACCGCAGGCACGUGCUCAGCCGGUUCCAGUGCAUUGAGGACAGGAACGCCCGGCUGGGUGAGAGCGUCAACCUCAACAGGCGCUACACCCGGCUCCGCCUGGCCAAGGAGCACCCGAGUCGGCAGGAGCGGGAGCAGCAGCUGGUGGCCAUUGGCAAGACACCAGUGCGGGACAGCCCAGCCAGCCCCGUGCGCGUGGAGAUGCUCUUUGAGGCAGAUGAGGAGUGCCCGGGGCCCGUGCGCACAGUGGUGCUGCAGGGGACAGCGGGGAUUGGCAAGACCAUUCUGGCCCGCAAGAUCAUGCUGGACUGGGCCUCAGGACAGCUCUUCCAGAGAAGCUUUGACUUCCUGUUCUACAUCCACUGCCGGGAGCUGAGCCUGGGCACACACCGGAGCCUGGGCGAGCUGAUUGCUGGCUGCUGCCCCGACCCCAGCCCGCCUGUGCAGCAGAUGCUGCAGCGGCCGGCCCGCGUGCUGUUCCUCAUGGAUGGCUUUGAUGAGCUGCAGGGCGCCUUUGAUGAGUGCCCUGGGGCGACCUGCUGUGACUGGCGGGCAUCUGUGCGUGGAGACAUCCUGCUGGGCAGCCUCAUCCGGAAGCAGCUGCUGCCCGAGGCCUCGCUGCUCAUCACCACCAGGCCCGUGGCCCUGGAGAAGCUGCAGCAUCUCCUGGAGCGGCCACGGCACGUGGCUGUGCUGGGCUUCUCAGAGGCGCAGCGCAGGGAGUACUUCUUCAAGUUCUUUCCCGAGGAGGCGCAGGCGCGGGAGGCCUUCCGCCUGCUGCAGGAGAACGAGGUGCUGCUCAGCAUGUGUUGCAUCCCCCUGGUAUGCUGGAUUGUGUGCACAGGGCUGCGCCAGCAGAUGGGGGCCAGGACCACGACCUGCAAGACCACCACUGCUGUGUACACCUGCUUCCUGUCCAGCCUGCUGCAGGCCCGGGGUGGUGGCCCGGAGCCUGGCCUCCCCAGCCACUUGCGGGGUCUCUGUUCCCUGGCGGCCGACGGCAUCUGGAACCAGAAGAUUCUGUUCGAGGAGUGGGACCUGCGGCGGCACGGCCUGCGAGAGGCGGAGGUGUCAGCUUUCUUGAGCAUGAGCCUGUUUCAGAAGGAGGUGGACUGCGAGGCCUUCUACAGCUUCGUGCACCUGACCUUCCAGGAGUUCUUCGCUGCCAUGUACUACAUGCUAGAGGAGGAGGAGGGGGCAGGGACCGCCUCCCCGGGCAGGGGCGGCUCCGAGCUCCCACCCCGGGACGUGAGGGUCCUGCUGGAGAACUAUGGCAGGUUUGAGAAGGGGUACCUGAUUUUUGUCGUGCGGUUCCUCUUUGGGCUGGUGAACCAGGACAGGGCCGCAUACCUGGAGAAGAAGCUGGGCUGCAGCGUGUCUCGGCAGGUGCGGCCGGAGCUGCUGCGCUGGAUCGAGGCGAAGGCAGAGGCCAAGAAGCUGCAGGUGCAGCCGAGCCAGCUGGAGCUGUUCUAUUGCCUGUACGAGACGCAGGAGGAUACAUUCGUGAGGGCAGCCAUGGACCACUUCCCCAGGAUCGAGCUCAGCCUGUCCACCCGCAUGGACCACGUGGUCGCCUCCUUCUGUAUCGCGAACUGCCGCAGUGUAGAAUCUCUCUCGCUCGGGCUUCUGCAGAGCUCAUCCAAGGAGGAAGGGGAGGAAGAGGAGGACGAGGAGGAGGAGGAGGGCUGGCUUGCUGCCGAGGGCCGGCACAUGUGCCUGCGCCCUCCUGCAGCCUGCCCAUCGAGGUCAGUGAGCUGCUACCCCACAUCGGGCCUCUGUCGGAGCCUCUUCUCGGUUCUCGGCUCCAACCCGAGCCUGGUGGAGCUGGACCUGAGUGACAACAGCCUGGGGGACCCAGGAAUGAGGGUGCUGUGUGAGGCGCUCCAGCACCCCGGCUGUGGCAUUCGCAGACUCUGGCUGGGCCGCUGUGGCCUCUCCCACCAGUGCUGCUUCGACCUCUCUCUGGUGCUGAGUGGCAGCCAGAAGUUGGCAGAGCUGGACCUGAGCGACAACACCCUGGGCGACUUUGGGGUCAGGCUGCUGUGCGUGGGGCUCAGACACUUGUCCUGCCAGCUGCAGAAACUCUGGCUGGUCAGCUGCUGCCUCACGUCCGCCUGCUGUCCAGAUCUUGCCUUGGUCCUUGGCACCAACCACUCCCUGACUGGGCUGUACUUGGGGGAAAAUGCUCUGGGAGACGAUGGGGUCAGCCUCCUGUGCGACAAGCUCAAGCAUCCACAGUGCAGCCUGCGCAAACUAGGGCUGGUGAGCUCUGGCCUCACCUCGGUAUGCUGUGCAGCCAUUUCUGCAGCUCUUGGCAGCAGCAAGAGCCUCACGCACCUUUAUCUGCGGGGCAACGCUCUGGGGGACAACGGGCUGAAGCUGCUGUGCCAAGGCCUCCUUCACCCCAGCUGCAGGUUGCAGAUGUUGGAGCUGGACAGCUGCAGCCUCUCCUCGCAUUGCUGCUGGGACCUCUGCCGGCUUCUGACCUCCAACCGCAGCCUGCAGAAGCUGAGCCUGGGCAGCAACGACCUGGGAGACCUGGGGGUGAUGAUGCUGUGCGAGGUCCUCCGCCAGCCAGGCUGCCCCCUGCAGCGGCUGUGGCUGUGCGAGAUGUACUUCAACCCCGAGACGACACGCGCUCUGGAGGCGCUGAGAGAAGAAAAGCCGGCACUGACGCUAGUCUUUGAGCCCGCCUGGUAGGCGCAGACUUGGACCCCUGCAGCCAGCGCUCUGAGGUCCCGUGCGGGGUGCGCCCAGGCACCACCCAAAGCCAGAGAGCUUUGCGGCUUUUGUGGUGCGGCUGGAGAGCAAGACCUAUGGUGGUGCCUUCUUGCGGGGAACGAGCCCACCCCCCUGCGUCCAUGGCGGAGACCCCUGCCCGGCUGCUCCUUGCCAGCCCCUGUGGUGAGACUGCGUGUGCCUUCUGACUGCAGGCUUCCGGUUGAUUGUGAAUCCACUGGGCACAAAGUGGUGG